AUGCUGGCACCAUUUGAUGGACAAUUGACAGGAUCUAGGACAUUAUUUGAUGGACAAUUAGCGGAAGCAAACGGUAACAGAUUUUCUGAUAGCUUUUCUCCUCAAGGACUCUACUCUGGAGAAUUCUCUGCUGAUAUUCCUCAUUCAUGUCCCCUUCAUGUUGGUGUCAUAGAUGAAGACAAAUCUAGCAUGGAAACACAUAACCAGGUUACUUUUCAGCCUAUGAACUUGGAUGCUUGUACAAGUGUGUGUCCGGGUAAGAUGGCUGUCACGCCCAUACCAUCUGAAGCAAAAUGUUCAAAAGUGAAAGAAAAAUCAAUUAGACAUUCAUUUUCAGACUCAGUCGAGGAUUCCAGGAGAACAGAUGGGGACAUAGCUGAACAGCCAGCUGUGAAAGGAAGACAUUCCUCUCCUAAUCGCCGAUUCAGCUUCAGCUUUGGGAGGAGGAUCGGUAGGAGCUUUAGUUUCAAGGAGAGCUCUGAGGCUUCACAAUUGAGUUCUACAUAUACUGCUACCGAGUCAUGCUCGGUGAGGCGUGAGGUUUUAUCUGGUGGUACAGAUAAAUGUGAUAGAGACAAGUCAAAUGCUAGUGGCAGAGGGAGGUCCAGCCCUUUACGGAGAUUACUAGACCCAUGGCUAAAGUACAAAGGAGCUCACUCUUCUGAGACUGUUCGUUCACCAGAUGGAAGCUCACAGUCUAUGAUGCAAGCGACUGUCUGUGGACCUGUUCGAGAUAGGAAAGCUGAGACUUCAACUUUGCAGGCCUUUUUGCAGCUUACGUUGAAGAACGGACUUCCAUUUUUCAAACUUGUGGUUGAAAACAGCAGCGAUGUGCUAGCUGCAGUUAUCGAGGGUUUGCCAUCAUCUCGAAAGAGUGAUUACAGCAUAAUUUAUGCAUUCUACUCAGGCCAAGAGAUUAGAAAAAAGAGUGUGAACUGGAUAAAUCAGCGGUCUAAAAGUAAAAGUUGCAGCCUUGGCUAUAAUAUGAUAGGUCAGAUGAAGAUUUCAAGCUCCUGUCUUCAGGGAAUAAAUAUGAAGGGCUCUAUUAGAUGUGUCUUAAGAGAAUGUGUAUUGUAUAGUGUUGAUCCGGGGCAGGUGGAUAACCAAACCCAGGAAUAUUUGCUGAACAGGGAGAUUGCAGCCAUUGUUGUUAAGAACUCAAUUGAGAAGCUUAAUAAUGUGAAUUUAAGUGACAGUAGCAGACAGCGUAUGAAGAGUGAAUUUACACAUUGUUCAUCAGGGGUUAGUUAUGACCCCGAAGAUGAUGGAAACUCUAAUAGCACAGUAGUCAUUCUUCCUAGUGGUUGUCAUGGCAUACCAAUCAAAGGUGCGCCUUCAUCGUUAAUAAACCGAUGGGAAUCUGGUGGAUCGUGUGAUUGUGGAGGGUGGGAUGUCGGUUGCAAGCUUCGAAUUCUUACCAACCGUAAGAAAAACAGCAAAAUUCUUGAAGCAUCCAUGCCCAGCUCUGCAAUUGAUCAUGUGAAACUUUAUCUCCAGGAUAGCGAACUCGGUCCCAUGUUUGAUCAUCUUAUAUUGCAAGGAUAA